AUGGCCAGGGACAAGACGCUCCGCAUCUUUUGCUUCGGUGACUCGCUUACGGCGGGGUACUCGGCGUACGGCACCGUCUAUCACCCGUACUCCAUCGCUCUCACCAAGAAGCUGUCCAACGACCUGUCGGAUACCCAGAUUAUUGCGACGGAUAACGGCAUGCCGGGGGACGUAGUUUCGCACGUCGCGUUCGCGAAGCGGUUUGAGAGCGAAGUUUUUCUAAUGUGCUUUUAUGCUGAUUUGAAUUUAGUAAACCAGAAUAAGUACGACUGGGUCGUUAUCCUAGGCGGCACAAACGAUCUGGCAUACAACAUACCGCCAGAGAGGACAUUCGAGUCUCUCAAGGCAGUCUACGACUCUGCCCUCGAGAAAGGGAGCAAGGUACUCGCGCUGACUGUACCCGAGGUCCAUUAUAAGAGCGCGGAUCUCGACGACAGAAGACGAAAACUAAACUCCGCCAUACUCUCACAUAAAGCACCAAAUUACUACGCAUUCGACCUCAACCCCAGAAUCCCCUAUCACGCCCUCCCAGACAGAGAUCGCAAAAAGUACUGGGACGACGGCGUGCACCUCACGCCCGCGGGGUACGACUGGAUGGGCGGCCACGUGGCCGAGGCGUUGGGCAACUUUAUCGAACUGGAGCGGAAUCCCAGCUCGCGCAGGUCGAAGCGCGCAAAGAGGUACAAGGAGGAGGACAUUGUCUCCUUCGACGAGGAGUCGGGUGACCCGCGAUCUCUAAGCGAGGGAUACGUCGUUGUGCGAAUGAGGGAUUUGGAUUAG